CGUUAUAUGCAUUGCACGAAUAGGAAUAAGUAUGUGGGAUUCGACAAUGUUUUUAAGCACCUUAACGCCGAAAUUUUACGUUGCUCUCACCGGUACGUCCUCGUUAAUAUCGGGUUUAAUACUUAUAUUUGAAUGGUGGUAUUUUCGCAAAUAUGGUACAUCAUUUAUUGAGCAAGUAUCCCUCAAUCACAUUAGCCCCUGGAUCGGGGGAGGUGACACCAACGAGAAUGGUAAUAAUAGCAGUAAUGGCAGCACAAAUAGUCAACAAAACAAUGUACCUGAAUGUAAAGUGUGGCGCAAUCCUCUAAAUCUGUAUCGUGGUGCCGAGUAUCAGAGGUUCUAUUGGGCUACCAAUAAGGAACCCUUAACUUAUUACGAUAUGAACUUAUCCGCACAAGACCAUCAAACGUUUUUUACUUGUGAAGCGGACGCAGGUAAAGCGGAGUAUGAAAUCAUGCAAACUGCGUGGCGAGAACGAAAUCCUUUAGUACGCAUAAAGGCAGCACACAAAGCGUUGGAAACCAAUCCAGAUUGCGCACCUGCAUACAUACUAUUAGCAGAGGAGGAGGCUACUACCAUAACAGAAGCUGAAAAAAUAUUAAAACAGGCAUUGAAAGUAGCAGAAACUAACUACAGAAAAACGCAACAAGUCCAACACCAAGGAUCUCUUAUGGAAGCGCAGCAUAGACGAGAUACAAACGUAUUAAUUUAUAUAAAAAGAAGACUGGCAAUGUGUGCGAGGAAGUUGGGAAAACUGAAAGAGGCGGUGAAAAUGUUUCGCGAUUUAACUAAAGAGGUGCCACCAAUUAUGAACGUGUUAAACAUCCACGAGAACUUGAUAGAAGCACUACUCGAAAUGCAAGCAUAUGCGGAUGUCCAAGCGGUUUUAGCUAAAUAUGAUGAUAUUUCAUUACCAAAGUCGGCUACAAUAUGCUACACCGCUGCAUUAUUAAAAGCGAGAUUAGUUGCUGAUAAAUUCUCACCGGACAUCGCUAGUAAAAGAGGUCUGACGACAGCAGAAAUGGCAGCGGUGGAAGCAAUACAUCGUGCCGUAGAGUUUAAUCCACAUGUACCCAAGUAUUUGUUGGAAACAAAACCUUUGAUAUUACCACCUGAACAUGUUCUCAAGCGAGGUGACUCCGAAGCCAUCGCUUACACUUUCUUCCACUUGGCACACUGGAAAAAUAUGGAAGGAGCGUUAAACUUACUGCACUGUACGUGGGAGGGCACAUUUAGAAUGUUACCGUAUCCAUUAGAAAGGGGGCACCUAUUUUAUCCAUACCCUACUUGUACAGAAUGCGCCGACAGGGAAUUAUUGCCAGCGUUUCACGAAGUUUCGGUGUAUCCUAAAAAAGAAUUGCCAUUUUUUAUUAUAUUUACUGCGGGUUUAUGUUCGUUUACAGCUCUACUGGCGCUUUUAACUCACCAGUACCCGGAACCAAUGGGUUGUGUCGCAAAAUCAGUAUUAAAUUGGCUCUCUUUACCUGUAUAUUACAUUUAUGAAAAAGUGGAAGGUAUGUUGCCUUCCAAUUUACUACAGCAGUUAUCAAGAAUAUAAUUCUCAGCAUUUAUAUUGGAGAAGUAAAGGACACAUUUAUUUUUCUCAUCAUUUACCAAUUCUACUUUAAAAGUUUUAGUUGGUUUAUGUUUUUAAACUGAAUUGUGAUAAAUAAAAUGUAACAAAAAUGUUUGUUUUUAUUCAAAUUUUUUAAUAAAACAUUAUUUGUAUGUA